AUGAACGAACUGGUUAAAACCAUUAAAACGUUUAGCGUGGUCAACAGCGAUGCAGAAAAUAUAUUAAAAAAGAUUGUAGCGGUUUAUACAGAGACGGAUAAAGCGGUGGAUGCUUUCAAUGAUAUUUUUGGGUGGCCUAUGUUGUUUUACUUUGCCGAGUCCAUCGUACAUCUGGUGUACUGUGUAGCUUUGCUCACUGAACGUAGAUUUAAAUCUGAAGGAGGCAAUGUCAUAACGGAAAAUAUUAUUAUUAUGUCCGUUACAAAAGCAGUUUUGGAAGAGUUGGGUGCUAUAAUACUGAUAGCUUGCUGCGAUUCCGUUACACAGGAGUCAGACAAAUUGCUAAGCCUUUGCUAUAAAAUAGAAGACGAUCUACCACCGUUUUCCAUGGAAAGAGAGGAAAUACAAAAGCUACGUGAAAGAAUAGGAAACAAACGUGUAUCUUUCAAAGCUGCUGAAUUCUUCGAGAUAAGACGGCCUACUAUACUUGCACUACUUGCCACAACUACUACUUACACAAUCGUUAUACUACAGUUUAAUUUUAUGUAA